AUGGGCUCGGGUCAAUUUGACAAGGCCGGUAUUCUCGCUGCGGACUUCUCCGGCAUCGAGGCCUCGUCGCCUGGUUUCUCGCUCUCCCAGGAGGAGAUCAACUCUCUGGCUGCCGCCUUCAGUUCCAGCGAUAACGCCUUCGCCAACGGCUUCUCCGUCGGCGGCGACAAGUUUGUGGCCAUCAAGGCUGACGAACGCAGUUUAUACGGCAAGAAGGGCAAGGAGGGCGCCAUCGUUGUCCGCGCCAGUGCCUGCACCAUCAUCGCCCACCACACCGAGGCCGUCCAGACCACCAACGCUGCUACCGUUGUUGAGAACCUGGUUGACUACAUCAACAACCCGCGGUAA